AUGGUCUAUCCUUGUGGAAGAUGUGGGAAAAGCUUCAAUGAGAGCUCAGACCUUAUCGCACAUCAGAGAAUCCACAGAGGAGAGAGACCCUACAUGUGCUCUGAGUGUGGGAAAGGCUUCAAUUGGAGCUCAAACCUUAUCGCACACAGGAGAAUCCACACAGGAGAGACGCCCUACACAUGCUCUGAGUGUGGGAAAAGCUUCAGUCAGAGGUCUACCCUUAUCGCACACAGGAGAAUCCACAGCAGAGAGACGCCCUACACAUGCUCUGAGUGCGGGAAAAGCUUCCGUUGGCGCUCAAACCUUAUUGCACAUCAGAGAAUCCACACUCGACAGACGCACUACACGUGCUCCGAGUGCGGGAAAAGCUUCAGUUGGCGCUCAAACCUUAUCACACAUCAGAGAAUCCACACAGGAGAGACGCCCUACACAUGCUCCGAGUGUGGGAAAAGCUUCAGUCAGAGAUCUACCCUUAUCGCACACAGGAGAAUCCACACAGGAGAGACGCCCUACACAUGCGCUGAGUGUGGGAAAAGCUUCAAUCAGAGCGCUACCCUUAUCGUACAUCAGAGAAUCCACACUGGAGAGACACCCUACACAUGCUCUGAGUGCGGGAAAAGCUUCAAAUGGAGCUCAAACCUUAUCAAACAUCGUAGAAUCCACACAGGAGAGACGCCCUACACAUGCUCUGAGUGCGGGAAAAGCUUCAAUCGGAGCUCAAACCUUACCGUACAUCGUAGAAUCCACACAAGAGAGACCCUACACAUGCUCUGAGUGCGGAAAAGCUUCAUUGAAUGCUCAGACCUUGUCAGACAUCGUAGAAUUCACAGUGGAGAGAGACCCUACACAUGCUCUGCAUUUGGGAAAAGCUUCAAUCAGAGGUCAUUCCCUAUUAGAUAUCAGAAAAUCCAAAUGGGAGAGAAC